AUGAGAUCCAAAAGCGCAGGCUGGGGAGAACAGACGUCGUCCCGUCAGAUCACACCAGAGGUCUUUGAUGAUGAAAGGCCGUUCAUGGCAAUUCCCGGUCAUUCCGUGAUGGCAUCGGCACAUCAGCAAACCAUUAGGCGACACGGACGACGAUGGUCCUUCUCAGAUCCUGUGCCGAUGACGACUAUGUCGCCGAUGAUGGCGAGGAUUGUAGAUCGAUUUUUACGACGAACAAAGAACUGGAAAGGCGCGUCGGUAAUGGCGAAAGCGAUCUCUUCAGAAGCCCGACGUUGCGAGCCGAACCCAGGUCAAGGUUGGCGGAUACUCUGGCAAUCAUCCGAGACAAAGGGAUAUCUCGACGCAGGCGCGGUUGAUCGGUCCCCUUCCGGUAGACUGCUUAUUCGAUGCAUAGAAGAGCGAUCAGCUGAUGAUAGCGACAGUAGCAAGUGCAGCAAGGUAUUCUCGCUCGGCUAA